AUGGGAAGAGUAAAGCAUUACACUGCAGGCUAAAAAAAGAAUAAAAAGUCUAAGAAGGAAAGAAAGCAAAAGCGUGCCACUUCAGAGCAAGAAGGGGGAAUGAUUUUAGAUGAGGAAGAUGCUUCAAAGCCAAGUGAAGCUGCUUUGUCUGUGGGUAAAAAAAGACAAAUGUUCAAGAAAGAGAAGGCAAAGGCUAUAAAAGCUAAAAUACAAGAACUGAAAAUGCAGUCGAAGAAACUCAAGAAGAAGAAGUUAGAUGAGAAGGCAGAGAAGAAAAAGAUUGCUAAGGAAAUACACAGGCUGAAGGCCUCCCUUAAGGCUUGCGAAGAGAUUAAGAAACAGAGUGGCAAGGACCGCGACGAUAGCGAUUCAGAUAAAGAUGAGAAAAUGGAUUGA